AUGACGCAAUUGCGUCCCGUGGAAGCUUUCAAUGGGAUACCUUAUGCCACUUUGAGGGAUGGUAAACUCAGGUUCAUCCCUCCCGCCAGUUUCAUUAGAAACAGGAACAAACUUAUAGAACUAAGUCCUACCAAUGGAAGCAUUGUUUGUCCUCAGAAGAAAUUUGACAAAAAGACAUUUAUGAAACAGAUGAAUGAUGGCAGCUUCCGGCGCGUGCAGCGUGUGAUGUCACAAAACCAUACCCGCAAAGAAGAUUGCCUAUCUCUCAGCGUUUAUGUUCCUCAGAUAGCCCGAGAACCCGGACCACGAGCGCGAGCACCCGGACCACUGAGCGCGAGCACCCGGACACGAGCGCGAGCACCCGGACCACGACCCCCCACCACCCGGACCACGAGCCCGAGCACCCGACCACGAGCCCGGCACCCGGACCACGAGCCCGAGCACCCCGGACCACGAGCCCGGGCACCCCGGACCACGAGCGCGAGCACCCGGACCACGAGCGCGAGCACCCGGACCACGAGCGCGAGCACCCGGACCACGGACCCCCACCACCCGGACCACGACCCCCCACCACCCCGACCACGAGCCCGAGCACCCCGGACCACGACCCCCACCACCCGGACCACAGCCCAGCACCCGGACCACGAGCCCGGAACCGGACCCCCAAAGACCCGAGCACCCGGACCACGAGCCCGGGCACCCGGACACAGACGCCCGGAGCACCCGGACCACAGUCGCGAGCACCGGACCAAGACGCGAGCACCCGGACAGAGCGCAGAAGCACCGGGACCACGAGACAAACGACAGAACGAGCACCCGGACCAAGAAGACCGAGCACCCGGAACAGGAGACGAGAACCGGACCAGACCCACACCCGGACCAACAGCGCGGACCCGGACACGAGCCCGAGCACCCGACCACGACCCCCACAACCGACCAAGACCCCACACCCGGACCACACCAGCACCCGGAGCACGAGCCCACACCGGACCACGAGCCGAGCACCCGGACCACGAGCUAGCGAGCACCCGGACCACGAGCCGAGCACCCGACCACGAGCUGAGAGCACCACGGACCCGAGCACACCCGGACACUGAGCCCGUAGCACCGGACAAGGCCCGAGCAACCCGGACCACGAAGCGCGAGCACCCGGACCACGAGCGAGAGCCCCCGUGA